UGUUACAUUCGUUACAAAUGUUUAACAAAGAUCAGGUAUCAUUAUAUACAGUUCAAGCUGACCUUUAGGAGAAUAAACAGGUCUGUAGCAUGGAUUUAUGGUUCUGAAAAUGAAUUCAACGUGUCGGAUGUUGGUGUAUUGUGCUUGUGUUCUGAUUCAUGCAUUGUGUAUUAAUGCACAACAAUCUAUGACGUCACAGCCCAAUGCUGCAUUGCUGAUGAUUCGGCAACAUCUUCAACGCGAAUCAACAAUGAAAAUUACUCUUUUGAAGACCUUGAAAGUGGUACUUGGUGAUAUAAAAUUGUUAAAAGCAGAAAGAGAAAAACACACCGCAUUGAUAAAUGCACUCAGGCAGGACGUUAGUGCUUUAAGAUCCAGUAUAAAGGGCCUUAGGGACGUUAACAAUGAACAAAACCUCCGAAUUCAUGCCUUGAAUGAGAAAUUAUCAUUACAGAAUGUUACAACGAUUGAUUUAUCAAAGUCAGCUGAGGACCUACAAGGAAAGAUUGUCUCUUUAUCACGGGAUAUUAUAAACCAGAGACAAGAUAUUCAAAGUUUACAAUCCUCCUCUUCUACUGAUAGACGAGAAAUAAACUCCAUUUUGAAUACAGCGUCUCAGCUGGACAAGAAUGUGAAGUUUUUGGUGGAAGAAAAUAUUGAACAAGAUAGAAAAGCUAAUACUUUUCAAGAAGUCAAUAAUCAACAAAACCGCCAAAUUCAGGAUCUAAAUGAAAAAUAUGUAUCACAAGAAAGAAAGUUAAAUGCAAUUAUAGCUGACAAAAAUAAAAUAAAUCGAAAUGUAAAAAUUUUACUGGAUGGAAAUACGAAAAGAGAAGCAGAGAUCAGGACACUUGUAGAGGAAAAUUUUGAGAUAAAAAAAGAAAUUAAUGUUAUAUCUCAAAAUAAUUUAAAUCAGAAAAAAGAAGCAAGGGGACUGGAAUCCGAAAACAGUGCAAUAACCCGGGAAAUUAAUACAUUAGUUGGAAAGAACGAACAACAGGAUAAAGAAAUUGAAAAUUUAAAAGAGGAGAACAGAGUUCAAAGCGGUGAUAUUAGAACCUUGACAGGAGAAUAUGUAGAACAAGGCAAAUUGAUACAAAUAUUAAAGGACAAGAGUGAAAUGAUCAAUCAAGGAGAAGUGAAAAAUGAUCAGUCAGUUGGAACCUCAUACCAGGCCGGGAAUGAUGAUCAUGAUGAUUGGAAUCAUCGACAACAGGGCGAUACAACCGAUGUGUCACCUGUUGCCUUAAAACUACAAAAGGAUAUAGACUUCUUACAUCAUAAUGUCAGCAGUGUCAACGAGAAAAUUCUGUCCCUUGAAAACAGUCAGCGGUUUAUUCACUCUAAUCUCCACGAAAUACGAAUCGCUGAUAAACGUCAGACUAAGGGGGACGUGUGAAACUUUAGGGGACGUUUAAUUAGCUUUAUGUUAUUGUUUUAUUAUUGUUGAUUAAUUUGCAUUAUAUGUUAAGUUAUUAAAGUCCUCUUUGUUGUUUUAAAACAAAGAAAUCCCAUUAAUCAAUUAACACUCAAGUUUUAUGAUAUUGAGACAUUUAUUGUUUUCGUUCUUUUACUAGUUCAAGGAAAUCAUUUUUCAUAUUUUUCCUUUAUAUAAAUAAAUAUUAUAAUUGUGUUAUGAAUUCGUUGUACAUUAAUAUAGGGGGCUGUUGCUAAUAAUAUUCAUUACAAAUAAAAAAAAACCCUUAUCAAUCAACGUACCAUUCCAAUGCAUAAAAAUAGUAUUAAAACGUAGAUGUUGGACUAUGAAUUUUUCUUCUUGAAAAAUGAAGAUUUUGGGGGCCUUAUCAAUUGUACGUGUAUUUUCUAGCCUUCUACUGUUGUGGGUUUUUUUUUUAAUAUAACCUCUGUAAAUCUCUAAGUACCUCUGUACAUUGAAUAUAGUCAUAUUUAUUCUCAAAUACAUGUAUCUUCAAACACGAAUUUCAAUGAUUAGAGAGAGCUACAUAGGCUUUGUUAACAUUACGUAGUUGUAAGUAUUAUAUAGUUUAAUUUACCAUGAGGUGCGACGAAGAUGUGAAAGAUGGUGACAUUUAAAGAAAUGUUAACAUAUUCAGAAUAUGAAUCACUCUCAUUUUCUUGUGAAGGAUCAUGACUUGUUAGACCAAAGAUUACAAUCAUUAGCUAUAAAU